AUGGUUGGUUGUGACGUAGGCGAUGGCAAGAGCAAGUCUGCUCUUACCCCUGGGAAAAGCUGGAUUGAACACAGUGAAUUGCCCAGAGAGCAUUAUUACCCAAAGCAAGCCAAGCCGGGAGACAGCCAAAGCCGUGAGGAUUCCAUCCGCAGAGGAGACCCUCCGUCUCUUGACCCAGUCAAUGGCAUUCACCAGAACUAUGAAGACAUUGGGAAAAUUCCCAAGAACAAAUUCCACCAAUGCUAUGCCAGAUACGAUCUCUACGAUAAACCCCGGCCACCAAAGCCCCAGAACGUGACUGUGUUGGGAGGAGAGAUGUGCAAGGAUGUGACCAUGCUCAGACAAGGCUCGUGUCUGGGUCCACCCAACCCAGGCCGACCCAUGAUACUCCAGAGCUGGUCCAGAGCCUCCUCCACGAUGCUGCUGGUCUUGCUCACUGCGGCCCUGCUGGCCCUGAGCUCUGCUCAGCGAUAUGGUCAAGAUUCAGGUCAUCCAGUGAAGAGAGCCAGGAGCACGGUCCUCACCAGAGACCCCCGCAACACGGACCCCCACAACACGGACCCCCGCAACACGGACCCCCGCAACAUGGUCCUCACCAGAGACCCCCGCAACACGGACCCCCGCAACACGGACCCCCGCAACACGGACCCCCACAACACGGACCCCCACAACACGGACCCCCGCAACACGGACCCCCGCAACACGGACCCCCACAACACGGACCCCCACAACACGGACCCCUGCAACACGGACCCCCGCAACACAGACCCCCGCAACACGGACCCCCGCAACACGGACCCCCGCAACACGGACCCCCGCAACACAGACCCCCGCAACACGGUCCUCACCAGAGACCCCCGCAACACGGACCCCCGCAACACGGACCCCCGCAACACAGACCCCCACAACACGGACCCCCGCAACACGGACCCCCGCAACACGGACCCCCUCAACACGGACCCCCACAACAUGAGACCCCCACAACAGGGACCUCCCCAGCAGGGACCUCCCCAGCAGGGACCCCCACAGCAGAGACCCCCACAGCAGGGACCCCCACAGCAGAGACCCCCACAACAGGGACCCCCACAGCAGGGACCCCCCCCACAGGGACCCCCCCAGCAGGGACCCCCCCAGCAGGGACCUCCCCAGCAGGGACCUCCCCAGCAGGGACCUCCCCAGCAGGGACCCCCACAGCAGGGACCCCCCCAGCAGGGACCUCCCCAGCAGGGAGGCCCCCAGCAGAGAGGCCCCCAGCAGGGACCCCCCCAGCAGGGACCUCCCCAGCAGGGAGGCCCACAGCAGGGAGGCCCCCAGCAGGGACCUCCCCAGCAGGGAGGCCCCCAGCAGGGAGGCCCCCAGCAGGGAGGCCCCCAGCAGGGAGGCCCCCAGCAGGGAGGCCCACAGCAGGGACCCCCCCAGCAGGGACCUCCCCAGCAGGGAGGACCCCAGCAGGGACCCCCCCAGCAGGGACCCCCACAGCAGGGACCCCCACAGCAGGGACCCCCCCAGCAGGGACCUCCCCAGCAGGGAGGCCCCCAGCAGGGAGGCCCCCAGCAGGGACCCCCCCAGCAGGGAGGCCCCCAGCAGGGAGGCCCCCAGCAGGGAGGCCCCCAGCAGGGAGGCCCACAGCAGGGACCCCCCCAGCAGGGACCUCCCCAGCAGGGAGGCCCCCAGCAGGGAGGCCCCCAGCAGGGAGGCCCCCAGCAGGGAGGCCCCCAGCAGGGACCCCCACAGCAGGGACCCCCCCAGCAGGGACCUCCCCAGCAGGGAGGCCCCCAGCAGAGAGGCCCCCAGCAGGGACCCCCCCCAGGAGGCCCCCAGCAGGGACCCCCCCAGCAGGGAGGCCCCCAGCAGGGACCCCCACAGCAGGGACCUCCCCAGCAGGGACCCCCCCAGCAGGGACCUCCCCAGCAGGGAGGCCCCCAGCAGGGACCCCCACAGCAGGGACCUCCCCAGCAGGGAGGCCCCCAGCAGGGACCCCCCCCAGCAGGGACCUCCCCAGCAGGGAGGCCCCCAGCAGGGACCCCCACAGCAGGGACCCCCCCCAGCAGGGACCCCCCCAGCAGGGACCUCCCCAGCAGGGAGGCCCCCAGCAGGGACCUCCCCAGCAGGGAGGCCCCCAGCAGUGAUGCCCCAAGGCCAACCUUCAAAGGAACCCACAAGUCCAUAUCAGGUACGAUUUAA